ACAAAAAAAAAAUAAUAAUAAUCGAAGGUGCAUUUCGGAAUAAAAAACGAAAAAGUCUAUCCCACUUGGAACACCAUGGAAAAAUAAAAAUGUGUUUAUUUUGUGAAUAAUUUGUUAAGGAAAAAUCCCCAACCACCAUGGCCGAUGUAAAACUUCAACUGUGUCGUUUGUGCCUGAACGCUAGCAGUGCAGGACAUUUGGAAAAUCUCUGUGACGACUAUGGACAACACAAUGAAAAGUAUUCAAUUACCGUGGAAUAUUUCGAUUCCAAAAUAUUUGAUGUGGAACAUCAUUUGAAGAUGUUAUGUAUGACAUGUUGGCAACAUAUCGAAGAGUUCCAUAGCUUUCAAACCACUGUACUGGAAUCUCGUACCAAAUUAGAAAGACUGCAAUGGCAUGAGGAGGAUACUCAUCUCUACAAUCCUGGAAUAGUAAAGGUGGAAUCUGAAGACAUGUACUAUGAAUCUGUUGUGGAAGAGGAGCAAGCCGAUGAAAAGAGCCAUGAGGGUAUGCAUUGCGGUGGUGGUAUUGUUAAGGAGGAAGUUGACUAUAGCUAUCCAGAUACUAUGACAGACAACGAAAUCCUCAAUGGUAAAGGCUUCACGGUGAUGAAUGUCAACCCAGAUGAGAAAAUGCUUAAAUCUCAACAUGGAGAAUAUCCUAUGCCUAAGAAAAAUAAUUUACACGGCAAUGAACAGGAAAAUAAUAGUUCUUUGGACAUUUCGGAAGGUAAAUCACAUGCCCAUUUGUCUGCAUGCAAAUCAUCCGAUUUGGGUUUAUCGAAACCUAAACGUCGAAAACAAAGUGUUGAUAAGGACAUACAAGAAAAUACCACAGAUCCAAGGAUCGAUGAUGUGGAUUUGACGGCCUUUGUUAAAGUACCCCAGGCACGUCCCUUGAAAAGUAAACGCGAAGAAGAGCUGGACAAUAUAAUUGCCCAAUGGAAGUCUAAUUUAGAAUGUAGACAUUGCCGAAAAACCUUUGACACAUAUACCCUCCUACGUGAGCAUUUCAGAGAACGACAUCGUCAGGAAGAAUUUUACAUAGAGUGCUGCGAGUUGAAGAUUAAAAAGCGUGGUCACCUUGUGGAACACAUACGUAUGCACAUUGAUUACAAAGCCUUUAAAUGUACAAUAUGCGCCAGACGCUUCAAUCGGAAACGUAAUUUACAAGCUCACAUGCAAAGAAUGCAUAACAUAAAUAAUUUGGAAAGCAUUCCGGUUUGUGAUAAUGCCGAGACAUUAUCGGUGACCAAUUAUGCCGAGAUUGAGGACAAUGAUGAAUUUAUAUCACAAUAUUUACCCAACAUUGAAUGUGUAAUAUGCAAGGAUAUUUUCCCCACAUUUACCCUCUUGGAAGAACACUUUAAGCAACAACAUUCCCCGGAAGAGUGUCACAUACUGUGUUGUGGUUUUAGGCUGCAACAACAAUCCACCAUUGUAAAUCAUUUACGGGUCCACACCCACCCACGGAAAUACAAAUGUGAAUUGUGUAAUGCUUGUUUUACCAUGCCCCAUACCUUGGACUAUCACAGGCGUAUGGAACACAAUGCAAACAACAAUGGUGGCAUAAUAUACCAAGACUCUAUGUCCAUGGAAGAUAAUUCCUAUUUGGAAAUCAAUACCGAUAAAUUUACGCAGCAAGAAAGUGACGAUUUCAUUGGCCAGUGGUUGACCACCCUAGAAUGUGAGCUGUGUAAGGAAACAUUUCCCAAUUUUACGCUGUUACAUGAUCACUUUGGGGAUGUGCAUCCCACUGAAAAAGUCUUUGUACGCUGUUGUGACAAACAGUUCUUUACCCGCUCCAAAAUACAACGACACAUUGAAGUACAUUUGUGUAACAAGGCCUUCAAAUGUGAGCUGUGUGGCAAACGUUAUUCGAAGAAGGCGACAAUACAAAAUCAUAUGCUAAAACAGCAUUAUGGUAGCAUUCCUAAGGCAGAUUCCAAAAAAACCGCUAUUGAAAAAGCAGCAGCCGCAGCAGCACCAAAUAAAAGGAAAUCAAUCAAAGAACUCGAUGAAAUUAUUGCCAAGUGGCGGCCAACACUGGAAUGUUUACAGUGUCACGAGUCGUGUUCAACGUUUACUCUGCUACAAACGCAUUUUCGUCAGCGGCAUCCCGCCCAGGUGUGUUACAUAUUAUGUUGUGAGUGUAAAUUUGUUGGUCGUCAUGAUCUUGAGGAACACAUACGCUACCACAAUGAUCCCGAUGUCUUUAAGUGCUCGUACUGUGAUCGUCGUUUUGCCCGGAAACGUGAUUCAAUGCGUCACAUGAAAACAUGUAAUGGCAGCAGCAGUAGCGGUGGUGAACGGCAAGGGGAUUGUAAAAUUGAAAAGGGUGUCUAGUUUUUAAUUUAACAUGAAAAGUACUUGUGAAAAAGUAUAUUUUGUAUAUAAUAAAAAAAAUUAAAUGUA